AUGAGAUUUCAGCACAAUGCUUUAAAAUGUUUACAGAUUAAUCAGCUGGUUUGUGUUAUAAUUUGGAUAUUAAUUGAAUAGGCAAUUACAAUUUAAUAUUAAUGGGGUACUCUAACUUAUAUUAAAAAUCCUCUAACACCUCUUCACAUUCUUGCAGAUACACAUACAGCAGGUGCUUGGAUUUCUUCGACUACAACUUUAACAGGUUUUGUAGAUGAUCCUUAAAUUAUUUUCUCAGUUUAUAGAAUGCACUUUGAAAAUACAAUUACAGGUGGAUAUGUAUUCUAAUUAGCAAAAUAAACAAAAACAUGUAAUAUCAUCAUUUUACUUUAAGCAUUUAAAAUCUUUGUUAAUGCUACUGCUCCGUAAAAAAUUUAUAAUGUUUGGAUUAAAUAUUUGGCCUUUGUUGAUAAGAAUAAAUAAGUUAUUAAUUAGGAAAUACUCAAUCCUAAACCAUAAGAAAUUUACAUAGAAUCGCAUUUUAAUAGAAACUUUAUUAUGGCAAUUCCAAUUAUUAAUUACUUAUGCUAUACAAGUGCAUUCACUUUUAAAUUUGAAGUAAUUAAAUCAUUUAAUCAAAGAUGCCAACUAUUGAUUCAUCUUCUGUUUAGAUGAAAUUUUUAAGCACAGGGAUAUCAAAAAUAGGAUUUUAAAUUUUAUUUGCUACUUAAAGUCCCAUAUAUAUUCAUGGAACCACAUAAUGGACCCCUGGUUCUCUCAAUUUAAAUUUAGAUCCUUACAUUGUGUAAAAUGUUUAGAUACCCAAGCUUUAACAAACAAAUAUUAUCAGGUUUCCUCUAUAUAUAGGACUUACAGCUGAUCUAUCUGCUGAAGUAAAUAUAGAGGAUUUUGAUUAAUUGAUAAGCACUGAAUUGUCUUUUAGGAUAGGAUCAUGUAAAUUAUAAAUCUAUUUUAGCCAUAACAAGUUCUGUAACGAGUGGAUGGUUUGAUUAUAUGCUAAUAUAACCAAGUUAUUAACUUACACCUCUACUCUUAUAAACCUUCUCAUUAUAAGAAUAUUAUGAAGCUAGUGGAACUUAAUUAAUCACUGUUGAAUUACCUUUAUUAUAAACUACUUAUACAAGCAAUACUAAUUGGAUUGAUAUUGAUAAUACUGUUAUCGGUUUGCAAAUUGAGAUUACAACAGAAUGCCCAGAAGAUUAUCAACAUAAUUAUUGGUUUUUAGGAUCAGUUACUGUAACUGAUAAUCAAAAAUAUAUAGAAGAUUACUUUUACUGCUCAGAUGAUUCCAAUAGAAUUAAAUAUAUUAUUAAUCUAAAUGAUGCUGGAAAACAUGAAUAUAAAACAAUUAAAUUUGUUUUCACAUCAACAAGUUUAGAAAUGCAUUAGCAACUGGACAAUUAAUAGUUUGAUGAAGAAUACAGAAACUUAAAAAUAGUUAUAAACUAAGUUAGGUGA